AUGGAACAAUUGAAGAUGGAACAGGAUACCGGCGAAAGUGAUAAAAGUUCCGAUGAAGAUACAGAGUCAUCUGGUUCUGAGGAAGAUAGUUCAGAAAUUGAUGAAGAAGAAUCUGAACGGCGGCGUGCUGAAUGUCUUGAAGAUAUGGCAAUGCUGGAACACCAGUUUUCUGCUCUAAAAGAAAGAUUAUAUGAAGAACGAAUGAAACAGGUUGAUGAAAAAUUAGAAGAAAUCAGAGCUGGAAAGGCCCUUGAUUAUUGGCGUCCUCUUGGUCAAUUGGAGGAAAAUAAGGCAAUAAGAAUACAAGUUGCAGGUAUUUUGAGAGAACUUCGGCUGCAGUCUAUAAAAUGUAAAUAUGAGAGUGAAGAAGUUGCAGCACGUCAAAAUAUGGAAAGUGACAAAAUAAUUUUGUAUGAUACUGUAAAACAAGAACUAGAAGACCGAAUAAGGCGAUUAGAGGAAGACAGACACACUAUUGAUAUAUCAUCAGACUUGUGGAAUGAGACACAAAGCUUAAGACGAGGUAAGAAGAAAAUUGACCCUUCAAAUCCAGACAGACGCCGAAAACCGGCCAUUGUUACGGGACCUUAUAUUGUGUAUAUGUUACGAGACAUGGAUAUUAUCGAAGAUUGGACACACAUUAAAAAGGCGUUAAAGCAGCAGAGCCAAAAGAGAAAAUCUGAAUUUUGA